GCGCAAAAAUAUUAACGAAAUGUCGGCCAUCGGCGUAUAAGCACGACGUACUACCAUCUUUACAAUGCGCAGAAAAACGGCAGCGAGAUAGAAUCUCCGAGGUUCGCACGCAAAGUUCGCACGAGGCAAAGCAAAAAAAUGUGUCGCGUUUGCGCUUGCAAAGUCGCUGGCCUCGCAGUCUUCCUCGUAUUGCUAUCCAUCACGUUCGCGCAGGAGGGCUUCACGGCAAAACCUACCGUCGCUGCGGCUAAGCCAUCGCUUCCAGUCGCCGCUGCCUCUCAGGCGGCAAUUGUUCCAGGCGGCGGUCGCACGCUUCAGAAGAGGCCCAAUCCUUCGCAUUCGAUCGCGGAAACCAGUGCGGCCAUGCGAGACGCGCUGGAAAGCUUCCAGGUGAACGAGAACCGCAUCAUUCGUACCGAAGACUCUCGGCGUAUGGGUGCGCGAUACCUGAACGAAACCGAGCUCAGCUCCAACCGGGACUGCACGCUGUGGUGUUGGGAGACGACUAGCUGCAACGUAGCCGUGUUCGAAGAAAAGGGAAAAGGCAGCUGUUACCUGUUCGACUGUGGGCCGCCAUCGCACUUUCUGUGCCUGUUCACGGCCCACACGUUCUACACCGUCUCUGUGCUCACCUUGCCGACGCGCAACACCGAGGCCCCCGUCUGGUCCGGCUCCCACCACGAGCAAGAACUCACGCAGCUACGUCAGCCCCGACCGCUACUCACUAGCGAUGCAGGAGCACCACCGCACAAUCCGCCCGCCGUGACACAGGCACCCAAGCCAACCACAAGCACGAGUACUCCACAUCAAGCCAAUGUGGGUCAAGCCGAGAAUGAUCAAGACGAAUCACCGGACAGCCACCAGUGUCAGCACUACCAGUUUCGCUGCCAAAACUCCAGCGAAUGCAUCGCUGUAUACAACGUCUGCGAUGGCAUACCACAGUGCGUUGAUGGAAGCGACGAAGCUGAAGACCUCAAGUGCCCUGGUGCGAAGAUACCCGAGGCUAGCAGCGCUACGGCCAGCCCAUCUACGACGACUUUGCCGACAACGGCCGAACACGCUCGGCCAGGAAGCACCGCAGCCGUGGACACAGAACAGCAGGACAGAGCACCUCCGGCCAAUUCCCCUCAACCUUCUGCAGGUGAUGACGGCCCUCGACACAGCCCUGCGGUCGAUAUGGGAGGUAGGAUUCCAAAGCCUAUGCUCAAUGGCCAUAACAGCUUCCCACCGUUGCCUCACAACAACAGGCUUCGUUGGGGCGAUGAAAGCAGCCACAGUCAUGCCCGACCAGAGUACAGAGACCCAUACGAAGAACCUUUUGCACCAGAACAGAAGUACUACGACUAUGGACAGGCCUACCCUGAGAGUUAUCGGUACUGGAUCAACGAUGCCGAUACACAGCUCUACCCCAUGGUUGCUGAUGGAAUCAUGCAGCCACAGAAUUACAGAGCCCAGAAGCCAAGAAUGAACCUUCAGCAGCAGCACCAAUACCAGCAGCAGCAAAUGCAGCAGCAAGAGCUCCAGCAACAGCAGCAAAGGUUACAGCAGCAGCGCUACCAGCAGCAACAGUUUCGCCAACACCAGCUCAAACAGCUGCAGCACGAACUGCAGCAGCAGAAACAACAGGUGUCCUCUGUUCAGGACUACCCACCCAGUCGUUGGAAAAUGAGCCGUGGGCCCUUGGUUCCCGUGGAUCAAAGUGACAGUUACGGGCCCCAGCCAUACGCUCCAACCGUGGCUCCAUACAGUCGACGACUGCACCCUGGCAUUGGAGGAGGCCAUUCAAAUCGACCAGUGCAGGGUUUGCAGCAGGAUAUGCCAGGUGGCAAGCUUGCAGAACAAGCCAUAGGCCAGCAACAGGGCCUCACGCAAGAUUCGCAGCCCGACUCACAGCUGGAGACACAGCCACAAGCUCCGGAGCAGCCAAAGCUCAAGCCGCAUCCCGUGAUGCCAGCCAAGCCACUUGCACCAGCCACCAACGAAGAUGACACCUUCUAUCAGCCUGUUGUCGAAGUGGCACCCCCACCGGCACCCCAUCAAAGUAGUUCAAAGCACAUCACAGAGCACCUGCAGAAGCCUCAAGCAAAACCAGCAAAGGCAGCGGCUGGGUCUGAAGUGCCACAUCACAAUGAGAGGCCUGUACAGUACAGCAGGCUCCACGAAGUUGCUAACAUGCAGGUGAGCUUUACCCAAGUGGAGCAAGGGAGCCGCGGGGCCGAACCGGAAUCGGGCAGUGCCGUGCUGGCCCUCACAUUGGGCCUCUGCAUCACGGGUCUCCUGCUCGUGUUGGUCGGCUGUCGUCUUCGAUUGGCGCGACACCGGCUAGCACGCCGAGGCGGCCGGUCGUCGCUCGCGCACGAUGCCGACUACCUGGUCAACGGAAUGUAUCUCUAAACCUCACUAUGUUGCAAGUAUGUCGAUAAGUGAAGACAGAGUACCUUUUUGAAAGUUUGUAUCUCGAGAGAAGAUGUGGCUUUCACUUAAUGUCCGUUACGCUCGACUUUCGUUAACCUCACUCGAUUGGGAACACAGAGCAUUGGUUCGAGCUAUCCGCAGGUUGAAAUCAAUGGUGCCUUUGAGAUUGCCAUGAAAGUGUGUAGCUGUAACAAUGCUCUGAACGAACAUGCAGAAAUGAGUAGCGCAAGGAACCUUGCAAGUAUAAGAUUUGUCACGAAGGAAUUGAACCACCAGGAAACAUUCAGUUUUCAUUUUGGACACAACAGUCAGGAAAAUCUAAGUCAGUGAACAAAAAUCAAGUGGUAGAUAUUUUAGGAAGGAAGGUAUGAAAGAGAACAGGCAAGAAGGGUGUUGUCACCCGUGCAUUGCACAAGCAAUGGGUUAGUGCGGCCACUGGCCUUUGGAAAAGUGUCGUGUACAUAAUGGUCAGCGUAUUGGGCCUUUCUACAGUGCACAUUAUUCACUAUCGCACUCACGCACCUUAGAUAACAAUGCUGCUAAGGCAGGCUUUUACGUUUGUUCUGCACAACUUAUGUGCAAGUAUCCCUAAUUGCCACGAUACUAUCCCUCCUCAAAUCAAGCAGAAUAUGUUCCGAGCUUUCAUGAGCUUAAUUGUGCACAGGAAUGCAUCGUCACCUACUGAGAUCUCUGACUUAAAGUGAGAGCCAAGUUAACCAUUGCUUAAUUAAUAGAAACCAAUCGUAGCUCGACCUCGUGCAGGUUUAAAGGCACACAACAUGAGAAAAUUGCACUUUGACAGCUUAAAAGAAAAGUAGUGCACUUGAUUAAGGAACUUCUUACAGAAGGCAAUGAAAUGAGUUUACGUCAUCAGCACUUCAUACAAGAAACCUCAUGGUUAUAAAGUAAACCUUCAUUCAUUCUGAUAUUUGUCAUCAAUGGCACAUGCUGUGAAAUGUGUGCCUGUGUAUUACUCACAGUUAUGAGCAGAAUGUACGCAGUCAGUCAAUAUGAAUAGAAACACCUGAUAUGGCAUUUCACACCACUCAGUAUUCUUGCUUCCAACUAUCCGCUGAUUGAGUAGUACACCGUACACAAUACUUUUUCAGACACAAGAACUACUCUGCCUGCAUCACAAACUUGCAUUCCAAUUAACGUUAACCGAGCAGAAAUUUUAGUUUGUUCUGGAGACUAUGCCCCGUAAAAUUUUCGGCCAAUUGCACUAGUAAAGAGCGCAAAUAUGAAUUCCAGGCUGUGUGCCCGACGUUUGCAUGAAUGGAGCAUUUUUGCGGAAGUCCCACCGUGUAAACUUUUGGUGUCUGCUGCAUUUGUUGGAAACUACGUACAAGUUUUACAGGUGAGACACAAAGAGUGGUACUUUAUCGGUGUACUUUGGCCUGACUGUGAUGGCCUCAUGGUUAGGCAGCAUGCAAGAUUACAAAUGAGUCAAUACUUAACAAACCAUGAGAAAAUAAAAGGACUAAGUUCUCAAAACUUCUCGUCCUAAAUUAAGAAAGGCAAGAACAUCCAUAACAUCUUAAACUUAAUAGUACAGUUACACCUGAAUACAACAAACACGGCAUGGCAAAUUAUUAGAUGUAGCAAAGUCUCAAUUGUUUCUCACCAAUAUCACCAUGUAUAAAAUACAUGCUUACAACAAGUAUCAGACAUCAGAUGUGAGCUUUGUUUUAGAAUGUUGAACAGUACUAUUACCUCAGCAAAAAAGAAAAGCUAUUACUGACGCCUAAACAGUGAAAUACAGGCAUCGCACUUAAAUUGUGCUUAACUGUGGAUACAACAAGUGUUCUUAGAUAUCAUAGUGAUUUUGUACGCAAUGUAUAUUUAGCAUGCUUACCAUGCGUUAUUUCCAAUUCCCAAUUUGAAAAUGUGGACGUGAAAUGGUUGUGCUGCUUGAGAACUUGUCAUAUUUGCGCAUACAUGUACGACAGAUCCUCAAGUACAGUGUGUGUUAGCCUUGGUCAAACUUUUUAUAUCACAAAUGCAUUUGUGUUGCAGCUAUAAUGUUAAUGAAAAUGCAAAGAAACACAACUACAUUUUUUCUGCAACUGCAGAAAAAAUAGUUUAGAAAAGUUUUGUACUCGCCAAUAUUUUAGCGCUUAUCAUUUUUGUGUGCAAUUAAAAGGUCUGUAUUCUCAGGCACUUGGUAGCGAUAUUGACGCACCUGUAAGAAAAAAAAAAAACCUUGCAUCAAACUUGUAAAAUGUAGUUCUGACUUAGGCACAAAUCUCAAAUUUACGUCUGAAAAUAAACAAACUAGCAUAGCACUUGUGCAAAUACACCGCUUCUGUUGCAGUUUAAAAGAACAGCAUUUGCAUGCAUUGUGUGUACCGACCAAAAUUUCAUCUUUUGUCCCAGACCGUCAACUCAGCUGUUGUGAUAAUCUCUAAGCUAGAACUCUUGGCAACUGUUCGCAAUGAUAAUUUUGUGCUGAUUUGCCACAAAUGCUUACAGUAGACUUUAGAACGUAAGAGCACAAGUAUUUGUACAGUGAAUGUAGUGCAAAAUGAUGUAGGUUUUUGUACGACGAUCUUUUUUUUAAUGCUUUGCAUCUGCUGUAUAUGUAAUCGACAGGAAUUUCCGAGACAGCCCUGUAGAAUGGUUGAGUUGAUGUAGACAACUAAGCGAACGCCUGUGUGGAUAUUUCAGAAGUUUUCUAAAAAAAUGUUUACAGAUGUGAAGAAUGUGCAUUAUGUGCUAUGCCACCGCCGCACAAGCAAAGUUAUGAAGUACUCGAGUUCUUUAUCUCUCUUAGUGCAAUUUAUUAUAAUUAACAGCAAAUUGGGUCAUAUCAAUGUUAUGACAAAGGUUAUUGAACAUUUAAAGCUAAGUUGUAAUCACAUAUUUAAUAUUACAAAUCAUUAAAAUCUUUUGUGUAAACACAUCGUAUCGUCAAAAACCUCACUGUGGGAGCUUUUUUCAGCUUUUUCAAAUAUGCCUCUUCUAGAGUCAGAGCCAAGUAGAUUAGUAUCUCUAGAUAUAAUGUGGUAUCUAUGUCAGUUAAGUUCACAGAGCACCACGUUGCUCAUACAUUACUGUUAUCGCUUGACUAAUUAUUUUCGUAUUCAGAUACUGCACACAAGAGGCUGCUAGUCCAAAGAUAAGCUGCGGGGCAGCAUCACCAUUGUGAGAAAGCAUUGUUUCGGGCAUUCUAUAUUUAUGUACGCAAAAUGCAAGAACGUUUCCGCAUGGCCACUUCUGAACCAAUCUAGAUUAAGUUCACUGCAAUUUAAAAUUUAAAAAAGUAUUUUUAUUUAUUUAUUUAUUAUUUAUUUAUUUUAUUUUUUAUGACAAUGAUUAGUGAUCUAAUCCCUGAGUUUUUUCCUUAUAUAAUUUUUGUUAUCAGAAAUUGAAAAGAAAAAACUAAGAAGGUAAAGUCUUGAGGCUGUGACUUUGCAACUGCAGUAGACAGAUGUCACAUUCUUGCAUAUUUAAUAGGAUGCAAUGACCAAAAAAAUAGCUUUACACUGUUAAUGAAUCUGCCAUUACUGAAUGGCUCUCAUAAAACUCAACUAAGUUAUUAUUAAGUCUAGUAAGUUAACCAUUAGAUUGGUUUGCCCUAAAUUCCCCAUUGACAAAAUUGUGGCAUCAGUAUUGGUGCAUAGUUGUGAAGUUAUAAUCGCAGCACUACACUUUCUUCAAAAUUUAUGCGAUUUUGGACCAUUUAUGCAGAAACAUUUGAAGGCCUAACAGUACUUAGUAGAACCCUUUUUUUUUUUUUGAAAGCAGCAAAGCUCACUCAGAUUGGUGUAGCAGUUGUCUAAAUAGAGUUUCUACAUCUCAAAUAGUCUUGAAUUUAUUUUUUUUUAAAUGACCCCAAGCCCGUUAAUUAAACGGCAUUUCUACAUUUAACCUUCUGCAAAUAAAUAUGUACCAGAGGCUUACACGCUUCUGCGAUUGACUGUGCUUGUGUAGUAUGACUAUUAUGCUGACAAAAGACCAAAGCCUGUUGCACACACUGUGCAACUUCAAAUCUACAGCAACAAGCUCAAUUCACAAUAUAAAGCACUACAGACAAAACAUUAAAUGUUGCAAAACCCUCAAAAGACAAUACAUAUUAAGGCCAACCAGCAACAAUGCGGUCAGAAAACAAAUGUCAAUCCGAGCCAUAGCCAAGAGAAAGCGAAUGUUAUUGAAGCCUUGCCUCAAUUUCGAUGUAACUUUUUUUUUUCCUUCACUAAAGGCAUACUUCUCCAGCAUCUUUUGUCGUUUGUUGUCAACUGUUUUGCUAGUAGUUCUCCUCGUGUUCUUACGAUGAAAUAAAAGUUUUUAGAAAAUACAGAAUCUUGUGUUGUCUCU